AUGGCGACAGCGCAACUAGACUCAGAUUCGGCUCAAUCUCCAAAUGACGCUAUUACAUCCGAAUCCUCCACCGCACGUCCACUCGCGACGCUCUCCCCCGAGCGCCUAGGCAUGCCCUUCGACCGGCGUCUCCUCCUCGCAACCUUCACAUCCUUCAGCUGCGGCUCCAUGCUCGGGUACUUAAACACCUCGCGACUCGCAUCUCUCCGCUUCCGCGCCGAAAACGCCCACCGCCUUCCCAUCUCUCAGCCCGGCUGGUACCUCUACCACAAGUCCAAAAACUACUACAAGCUCAAGCACGGCAUCACUGCUGGUCUGCGAUCAGGGGUUUUCCUCGCCGCAUGGACCUCUAUCUUCUUUGUCGUAGAGGAGUCUUUGGAUGUUUUUAGGGGCACAUGGAGGGCGGGACGGACGAUUGGGGAGAUGGAGGGUGUGAGUGAGCUAGAUAUUGAUAAGGUGAAUACAGGAGUGGAGAAGAGUAGGGACUUCUUGAGUAGUGUGGUUGCAGGGAUGGUCACGGGUGGGUUGUGGUCAGCGUGGAACAAGUUUCCAGUCUUAACGGCUGCGAGGACAAUUAGGAUGGGCUUGUUUGCAGGGCUGGGUUAUGGCGUUGCGCAGGAUGCUUUGACGUGGGCAAGAGGGAAGACUGGAGGUGUUGUGAAUGAUGCGGAGAGCUGGAUCUACAGGGGUGCGAAGAACAGACGGCAAGCUGACGACAAUAGCACAGAGCUAGAGCAGAAAGAACAAGAAAAGCAGGAAUAG